CUAAGUAGAAACUUGGAAUUAGAAUUCAUUAUAAUAAUCAAAUCUGGAAAAAAAUUGUAUCAAAAGACUUUCAUCUAAAAAACAAUAGAUGAGAUUCAUAAACAAGAUUCAAUUAUUGUAAGUUAGAUGUAUUGUAAUAAGAAUAAACACUCCAAGCCAAAUCAACACUAACACAAGAUCAAAAUUGAAAGAGAACCUUCAUGCAGAUAUUGUAAAACUCAAGAAAAAUAUGUUGUUCACCUACUGUUCAGUGCCCAAAAUCCCAUUCACAUGCUAUAAAAUAAUUAGAUGCACUAAAAAGAAUAACAAUUCUUAAUCGAACAACAUGUCUCCUGAUUUCAGGUGCAGAUUAAUCAUCAACAAAAAAAAGUACUAUAAGCAGAGACAAAAAUCUUCUUAGAAAAAACAAAAAUAAAUGACAUCAUAUAUCAAGACAAAGAACAAAGGAAGAAAUAAAUGAAGAAAUACAAACAGAAGCAAAGAAGAUAAGAAAAAAGAAGAGAUCCAGAGAAUGUAGAUUAAUUGUAGUCUAAGACCCUAUAAGAAAAACAUGUAAGAAAUUAGUGUAUUGAUUUACUAGAGAACAAUGCACCCCUUGGCAAGCAGACCGAGAAUGAUGACUGCAUACAAUCAUCAUCAGCACAUCACUUCAGCAUGAAACGAUUGAUAACCUUCGGCUUUCCAAAAAUCCCGGUCAUGCAGGGAGGAAAUGCACAAUAUGUCCUGUGGUUGAUCGUAGCUGCGGUCCUCAUUACUGGAGCUCUUGGGGACUACACCACAAAUUGUUCCUCUCUCCUACUGGGACAGUACCUGUGUCUCGACCUCAACAUAGCACCUGAGACCCAGCAGCCGCGAGGAUGCACCGAAAAAGGCCGGGCAAAGGUUGUGUGUCAGGCCGCCCCGGGGAUCAUAUGCACAGAGACAAACAAUGGGACUUUUGAACGAGAAAUCCCAUGCAAAUACACAAAUGGAUACUCGUAUGAAACUGCACUACUCCUCUCAGUCUUCCUGGGUAUGUUUGGGGUGGAUCGGAUCUACCUCGGCUAUUACGCAGUUGGAUUGGCAAAAUUCUGCACCCUAGGCUUCCUCUUCCUGGGUCAGCUUAUUGACAUUAUUCUAAUUGCUACACAGACUGUGGGUCCAGCCGAUGGCUCACAUUAUGUGAUUAGUUACUAUGGGGCGGGGAUUGAGGUGAUUCAGAUGGACAAUAUGACUUACAGAAUGCCGCAAGCUGAUUGGAAGGCUGAAUUAUGAUUUUUUUUCUGUAAAUAUUUUUACUGCUAACUGUUAGGGUGAUAGCUGUCUUUCGCCAUUUUAGGUUUAUUUGGCGAACAAGAGGGACAAAAUACAUGCCUAAAUGCCAACAGGCAGAGGAUAACUUUUGCUUCUUAUUUUAGACAGUGUGGAAAAUAUACCCUGUUGCCGCUGUUAACAGUGUUGUUGCAGUUGACACUAAUUCAGUGAUUGAUUAAGGUGGGGCUUGUGAAUGAACAUAAUGUGAUGGUAAUUUGAACUGUGGUAUAUGAAGUUAACAAAUUUUAUAUCUUUUACAUUUUCUCUCUCUUAUCUGUUUUAAAUUAUUUGUAUGCAAUGUCAGACUUAAAUAAACUUCUACUGGUAAAGACUUUAUAGCAUCUUUAUUUAAAUAUUCAUACAUAAAGCUUGAGAAUUUUGUCAGUUAUUAUAUAAUUUUUGUAUUUACAGAUUUUUACUAUUAUUAAAUAAUAUAAGUCAUGAAAACUGUGUUAUUUAUCAGUGGUGUGUUCUGUAGCAAAUUUUUAAUGAUUUUCUUUUGAGUAUUUUAUUGGUUAACUGGUUAUAAGAUGAAUUUGAAAACAAUUUGCUGUAAUGUCUUAUUAUAUACAAAAAUAAAAUGGUGAGAGAUUUGA